GCGACUCGGUCCCCAUCAUGUUAAAGAGCCGUUCAAAAGAUUCGGUUCGUUCGUGAACGUCACAACUCUAGUCUCGUCUAGUUCGAAGCGAAGGCAGCGAAACAUGGCAGCUCCUGGAACAAAGUCAAGAUUAUUCCGUUGUGUAAAAAGUAUAUUGUAUGCAUUACUAUUUAUUACUAUAUCAAUCCUUACUAUAGCCACUUUGAGGACCUUUUCUCUAAAUGUCAACGUUGGACUUCAACUCGCCGACUGGGAAAAGACAAACCAAAUCCGAUUUGACAUUAGCCAGCGCCAGAGAGAAGAGGUUUUUACGAAUUUUAAAGAGGCUAUCCGGAUCCCCACAGUUUCCUACUCGCCGACAGACAUCAACGCCACCGCGCUUCAUGAAUUCAGCAGGCUAUUACGGAAAGCUUUCCCAACAGUGUUCAGUUCAAGCCUGGUUCAACAUGAGGUGGUGGCCGACUACAGCCACCUGUUCACGGUGCAGGGCUCACAGCCUGACCUGGUCCCCUACAUGCUGCUGGCCCAUAUCGAUGUGGUGCCUGCCUCAGAGUCUGAUGGCUGGGACGCUCCUCCAUUCUCUGCUAAAGAAAUAGACAACUUCAUCUACGGUAGAGGGACCCUUGACGACAAGGAGUGUGUGAUGGGUAUUUUACAGGCUCUGGAGUAUUUACUCUUGAAAGGCUACAGACCACAGAGAGGAUUUUACAUUGGGCUUGGACAUGAUGAAGAAGUGUCGGGUUUGAACGGGGCUUUGAACAUUGUGCGGUUGCUGAAGCAGCGCAACGUUCAUCUGUCCUUCCUCCUGGAUGAGGGACUACUGGUGGUAGAUGGAGUCAUGAAGGGUCUCGAUGGACCCGCCGCUCUAAUAGGGGUGAGUGAGAAGGGCAGUGCCACUGUAAAGCUCAGUGUGACCAGCGCCCCGGGUCACUCCUCGAUGCCUCCAAGAGAGAGUAGCAUUGGUAUUCUGGCUGCAGCCGUCAAAAGGCUGGAGGACAAUCCCAUGCCCAUGUUGUUUGGCCAGGGCCCUGAGCGGGGUACAUUUGAACACCUGGCCCACAAGUUCAUUUUCCCGAUACGUUUUUUGGCAUCGAACCUGUGGCUGUUUGCACCGAUUGUUGGCAGACUAUUGGCGUUAAAACCCGAAACCAAUGCUUUUUCGAGGACUACCACUGCGGUCACCAUGUUUAAUGCUGGGGUGAAGGUUAACGUGCUCCCUUCUGUUGCUGAAGCCUAUGUCAAUUUCCGGAUCCAUUCGGCUCAGUCAUUACAAGAGGUUCUGGACCUGGUUGAUUCAACAGUAGGGGACCAGCGUGUGAAGGUGGAGGUGGUGGAUGGCUUUGACCCGCUGCCCGUCAGCUCCUACAGUGAGACCUCAUAUGGCUUUCAGAUCAUCAAGAAGAGCAUACUGGAUGUAUUCCCACAACUAACAGUUGCGCCUGGUAUCUGUGUAGCCAACACAGACAGUCGUCACUUCAAAGAUCUGGUCGCCGAUAUUUAUCGCUUUAUUCCGAUCUGGGCUAAAGCAGGGGAUGCUCAGAGGAUUCACGGCAUCAAUGAGAGAAUAUCCAAAAAAAACUAUGAGGACAUAGUAGGAUUUUACUUCACUUUGAUUCAAAACUGUGACGUUAAGGAGCUACCGGAAACUCACAGUGGGGUUCAUGAGUUCUGAUGGACAUGGUUUGCUAUGGGAACGUUUGCUAUCAGAAUGUGCACAAUACUGCUAGGAAUAUUUCUUCAUUUUUUAUUGUGACAUUUUGUGGUGAAAAUAUUGUGUUGCAUUUGCUCUGCUGUGAUGGUUUAGCAUGAGACCUUGUCAGAAAGUUGCAAAUACAUUGGUUAUUGAUCUUACAUGUCGACACAAAAUGCAUUUCAUGCCUUGUGCAAUAUGAUACCAAAUGAUUUCACUCUGUGGUACUUUAUUCUGAUUCUAAGUAAGCUAUUUCCUUGAGUCAUUAAGCAGAGUCAAUAAGCUAUUUUCUUGAGUCAUUUUAUUUGGAAAUUGACCUCAAGAAAAUGUAUUUUAUUCAACCAAUAUAAUAACAGUAUAAAAAGAGUUAAAUUGUUUACACACAGGAAUUUUAAGCCUUCCUCAUUCUUGAUGCUGAUUUAUAGCCUUACCUCAUGUUGCACAUAAUAAUGAAUGCUUUUACCUUUUCACUUCAUUUUGUAAGCUGUGAAUUGUUUUUUCUAAUGCACUGAAAAUGAACAGCUAUGGCAAGAGCAUGCCGACUAAUAAAUGAAUGAAAUGAA